CCGCGGGGCCCGACCUAUUCGCGCCUACCACUAAUAAAGUAACAAAAAAAAAGUGCUACGUAAAUACGCUAAGCUUUUGUUGUGCGUGGUUUCGUUACUAAUUAAAACAAAAGUACUACGGAUACAUUGUGAUUUAGUGGAUUGAAACAUGUUUGAAAGAUGAAUUCUUCAGUGUUGGAAUGAAUCCACGUCGAGUUUUCCUCCCGGUCCCCACGCUUGAAGAUGAUUCCAUGCACUUGGCCAACAACCUUGUUCUUCUUAAUAUGGCUCUGCAAUGACGUCGUCUCAAAAAGGAAUCAUACUUUAAAGCCGAGAGUUGUGUUACCGGAGAAUUAUGUUAAAGAGAUGAGACCACCUUCGCGCAAGGGGCAGCCCGUAAUAGUGGAGUUUAGUAUCUACGUUGUGGACGUUAACUCUAUUAAUGUCGAAGACAUGGAUUUCAGAGUGGACAUGUUCAUCAGACAGACUUGGAGCGAGAGCCGGUUGCAACUUCCUGACGAUAUAUUCGAGGAAGGCGACGAUCACGUCACCCUGCCGCCUGAGUUCUUCGACAACCUCUGGCAUCCUGAUCCUUACUUCUUAAACUCCAAAGUCACAGAGAUAGCAGAGUUAACGCACAAGUUCUCGUCGGUAACUCUAUACAGGAACCAGACAGUGCGUUAUGCAGCAAGGAUGCACGCAAUCAUCGCCUGUCAAAUGGAGUUUCAGCUUUACCCUAUGGAUAUACAAUCCUGCCCCAUUUACAUAGAAAGCUUUUCGUACAGUAAUCAAAAGGUUCGUUUCCGUUGGAGUGAGGCGGGAGUGACAAUCAAUCCAGAGCUCAAAUUGUUGCAAUAUCACAUCGGCGAGCCGCUGCGAUUGGAAGAAACCAAUGGAUACAUGAUCGAUAAAGAUGGAAACUAUUCGAGAUUGGUCGUGUACUUCAGGUUCGAGCGACAAAUCGGUCAUCAUUUGAUACAAACUUUUGCGCCGUCGUCUCUCGUUGUUAUGCUGUCCUGGUUUAGUUUCUGGUUGGACCUGGAUGCUAUACCUGGACGAGUGACAUUACUCGUUACAUGUAUGUUGACUUUGGUCACGAUGUUUACUGGACUGAGAGCUGAUAUUCCACCGGUUGCUUAUGUUAAGGCACUGGACUUAUGGAUGGCUGGCUGCAUGAUGUUCGUGUUCGCAGCGCUAGGAGAGUUCGUAGUGGUCAAAGUGUUGGACAAGCAGUAUCAGAUGAACAAGUCAAAAGCACAAGAAUCGAUGCCAAGAAUUAUACCAGUUCGAUUAAAUGGUGAGAAAGGUUCUUGCGGUACAGUGGCUGCGUGGGAGGGUAGCGGAGUUCGAUGCCGUAAGAUCGACCUGACUUCUCCCACCUCUCCCCCGGCGACCACCCCUGGGGUGCACACUACGCCCACCGCUCCAACCCCACAACUUGUUGGUGUUGAACGACGACAGAGCAUAUUACAAGUGGCCUGGUUAGAUGCGGACACGGGUCAGGAGCGGGUACUCUGGCGAGAAAUAGACAAGCUAUCGCGGGUCGUGUUCCCAGCGCUCUUUCUAUUGUUCGUCACAAUGUACUGGCCCGUCCUUCUACUCAAGACUAAGUCGUCAUCAUAACAAUCAUCCUUGAGCCAUUUUGUCAAUACGCUGAAGCGAUGCGCUCAAAAGGACAAAUGUGUCACCAUUAUAGGCGAGAGAAACUUAACGUAAUCGCACAAUGGCUUAAUAAUUACGCACAAAAUAAAAUUUAUUUUAUAUUCGAUUUAAUUUCGAUUCGA